GAUAUUUCAUUAUUGUUGGCUAUCGAUAGUAUCGAUAUUUUCAGCAGUUUUUUUUAUUUACAAAAAUGGAUUUCAAAUUUCCGUUGAAUUUGGAAAGAAAUCAAAUUAAUUCGCAUUUUUAUUUUGUUAUAAAUAAGUUAUGUGAAUCAUUGAUAGACACAAAUCAAGAUAAUGAACCAACUAUUGAACCAGCGACUAAAACGAUUUGUCAAAUAUUGGUCCAUGAUUUGAAUGACCAAUGUGAAGAAUAUCGAAAAGAAGUAUUACGUCAUAUCAAAGAUAUCGAAUUUCGAAAAGCUAUUGAACAUGGAAUUGCUUUUAAUUCAGCAUUAAAUCUACCAGGAAAUAACAAUGCACACAUUAUUCGAAUGGAUCCAUUCUCAUCAAUGAAAAUAGAUACAGGUGUAGGAGAAUAUUUUUACCUGUUAUUAUUGUAUAAUGAAAUGCAUGUUAUUCAUCAACGAACUAAAUCGAUAAUGAAAAAUGUACCUAAAUUAAUUGCUGGUGAAUGGAUGUUCAUACCAAACAAUCGACAUUUACGAUUAUUGAAUAGGGAUGUAGAUGAAUCCUAUGCACUUAUCAUGUAUCCAAGUUGUAUUCAUUUGGGAUUUAUUGCUUGUAAUCUACGAUUAUCAUAAUGUAAUCAAAUGUGUAAUUAAAUUGUUUUGCCAUGUCAUCAUCAUCAUCAUCAUUAUCAUCAUCAUCAGUAUCAACUCAACA